CCGAAAAGAUCGACUGGUUGUGUGGUGGUAGUUUAAUUAGUGACCAGUUUGUCUUAACAGCAGCUCAUUGUCUAGUAACCUCGAACUUGUAAGUUCUAUUAAGUACUUGAACCAUUGUGGAUGUUUUUUUUUUGUAGAGGUGAUCUAAUUCGGGUACGCUUAGGUGAAUUAGAUCUGCAAAGUGUGUCUGAUGAUGCUAACCCUCAAGAUUUUGGCAUAUCGGGGAAGUACGUGCACCCGAAUUACCACCCGCCAUCUCAGUACAACGACAUAGCACUUUUGAAAUUGGAUCGACAGGUGCAAUUUAGCGAUUAUAUUGCCCCGAUUUGUCUCCAAGUGAACAGGAAUUUGCCUAAUGCCAAUUUCAUUGCUACUGGGUGGGGCAGGACGGAACUCGGAGGCUCCCAAAGCGAUAUUUUAAUGAAAGUAGACUUGGAGUACUUUCCUAAUGAGGUGUGUCAAAGGAACUACGACGACGUCGCUUUGGAGAGUCUCUCCAGAGGGAUCGUCGACGAUACGCAAAUUUGCGCCGGGAGUCGCCAGGAAGAGAAGGACACUUGUCAGGGUGAUUCCGGCUGGCCUCUCCAAAUCCGGGAUGACGCUUUGUACUUGGUAGGGAUCACAUCCUUCGGGAAGGCUUGCGGUGUCGUCAACAGCCCCGCAGUGUACACCAGAGUGUCCUACUACGUCCCAUGGGUCGAGGGAAUAGUUUGGUCUUAA